CGAACUGAAAUAGAUAAGAAAGAAGGGAGAGCCUCACACUCAAAAGGGAGAGAGAUAAGGGAGCUGGCCGCAGGGAUAAUCUCCAGUUCGUGGAGCUCACUGUUUGGUUCGUAUCUUGAGAAAUACUCAUCCAAAAAGGGGGGUGUGAGGUGUCCACUGAAAUCUCUCAAGAAGAGGGAUACAUAGACGUGCAGUUUGAAGAAAACGGAGCAGUUUAAGGCCUCCAAAUCGUCCUAACAAAACACAACCUCGCAGAAUACAUGUUUGUAUUCAAGGCACUUGUAAAGGGUAUUUCAAGUGAUUUCACAAAGUUGGAAAAGUCGCCGGAAUUGUCGCCGGAGUUGACCAAAAGUCGCCGGAGUUUCACCGGAGUUCAACCAAGAAGGGUAGAACUUCUUAACGCUAGUUCAAGGUUGAAGCUAGGGCUUGCUACCUGCACCUUUCUACGGGUGACAUCAAAUUAAGGAAGACGUGAAAUGGAGGGCAGGCGAAUGCGGACCAAGAACAAUCCGAGGGGGAAGGCGCCGGUAACAUCCCAAAGGGGAAGCCGGGCUGCAUCUCGGGGUUCAAGAGGAGGCCGUGGAGGCCGUGGAAGCCGUGGAGGUCAUCAAGCUCAAACUGUGAGUGAUGGCCAUGUAAGCUCGGUGUAUGAAACCAACACCGAGGACUAUGACUCAACCUACGUUCCGGAAACGGAGCAUGAGGAGACCCCGUAUGAUGGGGGUGACACAUACACCGAUGAUGACGACGAAGAGAGUGAUGCCAAGUUCGCUCAAAUGGGCGAGUUGCUUGAGUGGUAUCAAAAAGAAAAGCUGAGGAGAGACCUUAGGCGCCAAGCAAGGCGUGGCUCUCGUGGUGGUUCGGGUCAAGGGAGUCGGGGAGCUUCCGUGGCCACCCCAGCGGCGCCACAAGAUGGGCAUGAAGGAGGUUUUGUGGUAAGAAUCUCCAAAUACCUCAAGGAGGCUAGGGCCUUGGGGUGUAGGUCCUUCGACGGCACCGACGACAUUACCGUUGCCGCCGAUUGGAUCAAGAAGGUGAAGGAUGCAUCGAGAGACAUGCAGAUUACUCCGGACGUGAAGCUAACUGUCGCUUCACGGCUACUUGAGGGGAUGGCUUCUACAUGGUGGGAAGGUGUAGAAGGGAAAUACCGUGGGGACAUCUCAUGGGAAAAUUUUGAGCAAGAAUUUUAUGCUCAGUACUACUCCGAUUUCGAGGUUAAUGUGAAAAGGAGGGAGUAUACCAACCUCAAGCAGAAAGAGGGUUGCACGGUUAAGCAACUGGAGCAAGAGUUCAGGACCUUGGCUAGGUUCUUACCGGAGUAUGCGAUCAAUGAGGACCGCAUGACUGAGCACUUCUGGGAUGCCUUACUCUUGGACAUCCGAGACCGUGCCACGUAUUCCCGCCUCAUGACCUUUAGUGAGGUGGUAGAGCAGGGCAUGCUUGGAGAGGCCCAGUGGAAUGAGAGGAAGGCAAGGGACGCCGAAGAGGCGAAGAAGAGGAAGUGGAAUAAUUCGGGGCCACCCGAUCAUUCUCGAAGGAACAACCACGGGGGUGGUGGUGGUGGCGGUGGUUCAUUCAAGGUGCCGGCUCCACCGGCGAAGAAGAAUAGGGAUGCGAGGUGGCACGGACCUAGGCCACAGAACUCGGGGCCACCUAGAUGUCCCAAUUGCUCAAAACAACACUUUGGGAAGUGCAAUGAACCACCGAGGUGUUUUAAGUGCGGGAAUGCGGGCCAUAUGAAGGCCAAUUGCCCUCAAUUGAUGCAAGAGAGUGCCUCGGGAGCUGGGGGAGGGACCAUGACGGGAAGAAACCGUGCGGGCCCGUCAAACGGCGGUACGGGAAGAGGCAACGCAUCCACAAGUCAUGCCGCGUCCGUAAACCAAGGCGGGACCCAAGCACGAGUCUACGCGAUGACCGAGGCGGAUGCGAGAGCAAACCCGGACUCCGUUGCAGGCACUUGUAAAGGGUAUUUCAAGUGAUUUCACAAAGUUGGAAAAGUCGCCGGAAUUGUCGCCGGAGUUGACCAAAAGUCGCCGGAGUUUCACCGGAGUUCAACCAAGAAGGGUAGAACUUCUUAACGCUAGUUCAAGGUUGAAGCUAGGGCUUGCUACCUGCACCUUUCUACGGGUGACAUCAAAUUAAGGAAGACGUGGUUCGUGCUUCCUCAUUUUAUUUCAAUUUACCAAACAUUGCUCAUGGAUAUUUUUAUUUGUUAUAAACUAUUCUUUUGGGGCUUGCAUGCCCAUGUUAUUGGCCGGUUGUGGCUUAUGACUUACCGUUGAAUACUUCCGCUAUUCAUUGGUUUAAAUGUGAUGUUGUUA